UAGGUAUGACAACACUAUAAAUACAUUUCUGAGAAUUCUUAAUUACAUGGUAAUAGCUGCACCUCUCUGGUGACUGUGAAAAGUCCCUGGAGAGGAUGAAACACAAUUCUCUUGGGAAGCAGUUCUGUUUUCAACAGCUGGUUUCUGGAAGCAAGCAGAAUUCUCUUACACAGUCUGCUGGAACAGUGACAGGGUACCAGAGCAAGAUUUUGACAACCUAGUGGGGUUAGAAAACCCUCAGCCGGUGUCGGUAAAGCCCUCUAACAGUUCGAAAGCCUGAUGACUGAAGUCACAGAGAAGAUUUCCGCAGGCGCAGUUCACAUCUACCAUGAAGCCCUCUGCAGACGUGCUUGAGAUAAUUGCCUGUGCUGCUCUCAUCCUCGUGAGCUUUGUAGGAAAUGUAUGUCUAUUGUAUUCCACAAGUAAGUGCAUCGCUGGGGGCCUGCAGACAUCUUUUCUCCUCAUUAUCAGCCUGGCAUUUGUCCACCUUAUUAAAAACCUGGUGGUGAACAUCCUCAAGAUCGUUUACUCUUCUGGUAUCUUGCUGGACUCUUGCGGUUGCAGAGCUCUGCACUUCACUGCAGCCCUGACAACCUCUCUGACCAUCUGGUUCAUGUUAUAUUUUGCGUUGUUCUACCACCGGAAGCUUUACCGAAUUGUGUACCCCUUGAGUGGAGCUGCAACCCUGAACCAACAGAAGUACUGCUGGAAGGGGAUUUCUGCACUCUGGGUGGCUGGGGUGGUGGUGUAUAUCCCAGUGUUGAUAAAUAGAAAACCAGAGCACAUCAAUUCUGGAAAUGAUACAAGCUCGCCGUCUACUAGAAGAAUCCACAUGGAUUGCUUAACUGGCUUUGCAAAUGAGCAGGUAGAGUUUUACUAUGGGAAACUAUUUUUAGUUUUGAUUGAUAUCCUUCCUCUAGCCAUCUUAGUGUUUGUCUGUUUCUGGAUGGCUCUCCUCCUUUCGGAGAAGAAGAAGAUGACAUAUGGCGACAUCUGGAUCGGAGAUGAUGACUCAGAAACCGAGGUCCUCCGAGGGGCCAAGUUCAGUAUCAUGUUAAUGUUGCUCAUCACGCCCCUUUGGGUUUCUCACUUUAUCUUAGUCUAUUUUUUGAAGGACUUGGAGGCCUAUGUCUUUAUUCCAGCUGUUCUCACAACCCUCUCCUCUGGCUUCUCUGCUCUCGGUCCUUUCCUGCUUAUGUUGGUUAAUUACAAAAUGAAGCUGGUGUCCUUCUGUGGAGCCCAAUGGGAAAAAUCCACACCACAGCCUGCAGACAUCAUUCUGUCUCCGUAUGCUUAAUGGCUGCGUGAAUGGGUUCAAGUGAAGCUCGGGAAAACUGACCCUGUCACUGGAGGGCAUAGCUGCAGCUGUCAAAACCCUCAACAAAUUUCCAAAAAGAUGGCCAGAAAGCUGACUCCUCUAGGAACUGAUUUCUUAGAGAGUCUUUACAAGUAGAUUAAAAAAAAAUACUAUGUUUUUAUAAACUGAAGAAAAACAGCCAUUAUGACAUUUACUAUUUAGGACAAUGGUUCUCAAACUUCCUAAUGCUGCAACCCUUUAAUAUAGUUCCUCAUGUUGUGGUGACCCCC